GUGGAUGUAUUCAGGCAGUAGCCACCAGUAGCCGCUUGCAAGUUGGAGUGUUUCGUUGCAUUUCAUUGCGAAGAAUUACGUUGACCACGCAUUUAAAGACAUCGACGUGAUCCUCAACUCGUGAAGCUAAUUUUGAAAAUUAAAUAGCGAGCACAGCCGUAAAGCGACUUCUGGGGUGCUCUCGAAAGGGCGAUCCAUCUGUCUCGAUAUUCCCGUGGGUUUCCUUUGAAUUUUCACGCUAGAAGGCGGCCGUCCAGCAGGGCGUUACCAUUUUAUAUGACUUUUCUUCGUCGACAAGAAACAUCCAGGAUAUCAUCCAGAGGGAAAGGAUCGGUGUACAGCAAAGGCGGUGGUGUCAGGACGUUGUCCAAGCUUGCUCAUAACGGCCGAAUCAUCUCGUACUCUCGGGACAAUCGUUUGUUACGCGUAGUCAUCGAGUCGACAACUCCGGCGUGGAACACAGACUUUCUUAAGGGCACGAGCGACGGACAGGCAGCGUGUAUGAUCAUUGAAGAUCAUCCCCCUCUGCCCAACAGACCGAGGCAAAACCUGCACCAAGAUACCACCCAACGAUUUCUAAAUCAUCUGGUCCUGCCUAAACACAGGACCUCAAAAUUUUCCAGUAACAGGCAUCGGAAGCUUCAGCCGUUCAGAGAAACGUGACUGUCGUCACCGGGUAGUGCGGCACGCCUUACCGCAACCAACGAGAACCACCCUGACUCGACACGACACAAGCUACCAUUUGGUAGCCAUUGCCAGGCAAGUUCGCCACGCAGCAAUCAAACUGCCGCUCGGGAACGCGAAAACGAGAUCUAGGAGAACGAGGACGAAGACGUUACCUACCUGAGGCAAAUUUAAUUCGAGCUGAGGCAAGCAAGCGCGUACGAUAAAGAAGGAAGAGAGAUAAAGUAAAAUAACACUGCUUCAACGUCCCUCCUAACCACGUUGCGCCAACGUUUCACGACGACGCCACGUCGGAAGUUACUCUCGUUCGGUCGGACCCGUAAGCUAGUGCGGAGUAAAAGGCGGAAGCAUAUAUCAUCAUGGGGAGCGUCAAUGUCAAUCGCAAUGUCAGCGAUGCGUUCUAUCGCUAUAAGAUGCCACGGAUCCAGGCUAAGGUCGAAGGCAAAGGAAAUGGUAUAAAGACUGUCAUAGUUAACAUGGUCGACGUGGCUAAAGCUAUCGGUAGACCGGCUACAUAUCCGACUAAGUAUUUUGGAUGUGAGCUCGGUGCGCAGACACAGUUUGAUUUCAAAAAUGAGAGAUUUAUCGUUAAUGGUUCGCACGACGCAACCAAGCUUCAAGAUCUCUUGGAUGGAUUCAUUCGCAAGUACGUCCUUUGCCCGGCCUGCGACAAUCCUGAGACUGAACUGUUGGUCAGUGCCAAGAAGGGAACCAUCUCGCAGGGUUGUAAAGCCUGCGGACAUCACGGUCUAGUUGAAUGCAAUCACAAGCUGAACACCUUCAUUUUGAAGAAUCCUCCAAGUUUGAAUCCCGCCGCUCAGGGCAGCUCGUUGACCGAAGGUAAACGUGGCAAGCGUUCCAAACGUGCCAAUGGCGACGCUAACGGUGAUCGAUCUGGUUCUCCUGAGAACGAAACUAGCACUACUGAUAUCGUUGUGGAAGCACCGAAGAAGAUUGCUGCUGACGACGACGAUGAUGCCAAGUGGGCCGUUGAUGUAUCUGAGGAGGCAGUCAGGGCUCGUCUUCAGGACUUGACCGAUGGUGCGAAGGGUAUGACCAUCAGCGAUGAUCUCGAUAAGUCUGAGAAAGAGCGUAUGGAUAUAUUUUAUAAGCUGGUCAAGUGCCGUCGCGAUGCUGGACAGCUUGAUAAUCAUAAGGAAUUGGUGGCUGAAGCCGAACGUCUUGAAAUUAAGACCAAGGCGCCCCUCGUUCUGGCGGAACUUCUAUUCGAUCAGGCCAUUGCUGUUCAGGCGAAAAAACAUCGUGUCCUCUUGUUACGUUUUACUCAUGACGAUAUCAAGGCACAGAAAUAUUUGAUUAGAGGGAUUGAACAGGUUAUUGCAUUGCACAAGGAUUCGUUAAUGCCCAAGGUGCCUGGUAUACUGAAGCUUUUCUACGACGCUGACAUCUUGGAAGAGAAAGCCUUCGUUGAAUGGGCUAGUAAAGUGAGCAAGAAAUACGUUUCGAAAGACUUGUCCCAAGAAAUCCAUGACAAAGCUGCACCAUUUCUUACGUGGCUCAACGAAGCCGAGGAGGAAGAGUCUGAAUCUGAAGAAGAUGAUGACGAUUUGGAGAUCGAGUACGACGACAGAGCGAAACAACCGUUAAAGCAACAGCAACAGCAGCCCGUGAAGAAGCCCGUUAAAAAUGACAGUGACGAAGGAGACGAUUUCGAUAUUGAUGCCAUUUAAGUAACAUAAAGGAACCGGAAACGGAUAUAUGUUCAAAGUGCCCCAAAGCCAGUGAACGAUGAGACCGAUAUGAUGAUUAAACGAUUAGCCAUUGGAUACAAUGAGUCGCAGCGCAAUGUCAGUUUACACAUAGAAUUUUUUCCUACUUUAGACCGUGAAGCGAUUAUAAAAUGCGAUCCACACAUACAGAAUUACACAUGUCGCUUUCGUCAUUGCUUUUAAUAAUUAUAAAAUCCACAAAUGUUGCUUCAAA